ACUUUCAGCUUUGCUGGUUGGGUUUUCUUUGCAGCGACCAUCAGAAGUAUCUGCACAUCUGGUCUGGUCCAACAUGAAGCUGUGUGUACUUCUGACAUUAGCUCUGCUUUUACUGGAGCUCCAACAUGGUGUAAGUCAACAGAUGAAGAGUAAAAAAGAUGCUGCUGAAAACCGUCUUAAACCAGGAAGAAAAAAAGUCAAGGUGCGCUUACCCAAAGUAAAAGAGAAAGACGGAGGAGGAAAAACUCAUUCCAUUCUCACUCAGGUUUUAGAUAAAGGCCGUUUCUUUCGGCUUGGAGACACUUUAAUUUUGAAUGCUGGGAAAAUGCUGGAACUUCGAUGUAAAGGGAAUAAAAUUGGCUGGGCAUACCCCUCUUACCUGGACACCUUUAAUGACUCCAGACUAAGCAUAAACCAACAUGAAAAGUUUGGUCAGCUGACCCUGACGUCACCCUCUGCAGCUGAUACGGGAGCGUAUAGCUGCUGGGUCAUACUCUGUGAUGGUGAAGAAUGUGAGAAGGAUCCAGAUCGAACCUCCACCACAUACAUAUACUUCACAGAUAAAGACGAGCUGUUUGUCCCAUCGGCCAUCCACUUUGAGAUCGUGUUCCUGCGACCUGAUAAGCCCGCCACAGUGCCCUGCCGAGUCACAAACCCCAAGACCACGGUAACACUGCACAGAGAGAUGCCCCCGAAAGAGAUACCUGCUGAUGGAAGCCUGGUCACCUACAACCCAACUAAAGGAUUCAUCCUGCAAAGUCCAAGCUCUCAAGACAUGGGGGCUUUCUACUGUAAAGCCAACAGCACCACUAAAACCACCCCACAGAUCUCCACCAAGUACCAACUGCUCUACGUUGAAGUACCUAGUGGUCCUCCAUAUGCAACUAUUCAAGCCUCCUCAAACACAGUAAGCGGAGGCGACAUCUUUAAUGUCACCUGCACAGUUCUGGGUGAACCUGAGGUUGAUGUUAAAUUCAGCUGGACCUAUCCAGGUCUGCCGGAGCAAAGACCAGUGCAUAUUCAAGACUCAUCAAGGUUGAUAAACAGAGGUGUAGGACACAUCACUCGCCUAUCACAGAGCGUCAUCACUGUGGACGAUGUAGAAACGAUUGAUUUCGGGAACUACAUUUGCACAGCCAAAAACGCCCAUGGAGAGACAUCUGUGGCCACGCGUGUGAACUCAGAUUACUAGGUCAUCCUGCAUGGUUUCCAAGAAAAGCAUUUUAACUGGAUUCCAUUUACACCAUAGGCAUCUUAAUGCUUGUUUGUACUGGUGAUGCUACUAAAAAAGAAAAUAGGAAACAACAUUUGUACAGCAGUAAAAGAAACAUUAAGGCUGUGUCAAGUUUUUAUGCUUUUGUUAUAUUAUCUGACAUAUUGCACAUUAUGAUAACUGGUCUAAAAGCAGUGAUCCACAUACAGUAAAAAACCUUUGGAAUGA